CAUUAGCAGUGUGCUCUGUCAGUGUCAUAUGGCCAGCCAGGGCGGCUUCAGCUGCUUCAAAGCAGAGACGGUUAUUAGUGUACUCUGGGCUCCUCUCGACACAGUCCCAGGCUGAACCUUGCACGGAGCGCGGCCAGUCGCCGAGGUAAGCGCUUCCCAAGGGGGCACGAUGUACCUGUGAUAGCUCUGUUCCUCAGCCUCCUGUUUGUUGAUGGAGUUCUUGCAGGGCAGCGGUGACUACUGCCACGCCCAACAUCGCGACGCCUGAGCUCAGGUGGUUCCGCCUGCGUCUGACUGCUGAAUGCUCAGAGGACCUUUCUCCUACCUCGUCCUUCCCUCACUCUGGUCCCACUGACUGAAGACCGGUCCAUACACACCAGAUGGGUUAGCAGGCGUCCGGGCCAAGGGCUAUCGGACCGCGCUCCACCCGACUAAUCGCCCAUUCGCCCGUUUCAGCUCAGCUCGUGUCUGGUUCUCUGGGACGCUGAAGGCUGAAAGAACCAGGCAACUAAUUGUGUUUCCAUUGAGACGUAGCAGAAGACUCCGCAACCUCCUGAGGCCUUGCACUGUGACAGCACAGUUACUGUAACCCUGCUGGCGAGGCAGAUACAGCAGGACUUGUAGUAGUGUUGUGUGUUUACCCAGAGGACACUGGCUCAGCUCGCAGUGCGGCUGGCUCUUGGGAAUGGCCAGGAUGAAUCGCCCGGCCCCUGUUGAAGUCUGUUACAAAAACAUGCGCUUCCUGAUCACACACAACCCAACCAAUGCCACUCUGAGUACUUUCAUUGAGGAUUUGAAGAAGUAUGGCGCAACAACAGUGGUGCGAGUGUGUGAAGUCACCUACGACAAGACACCACUGGAGAAGGAUGGAAUAACGGUCAUGGACUGGCCGUUUGAUGACGGAGCUCCUCCACCCACUAAGAUUGUGGAUGACUGGCUUUCUCUCCUAAAGAACAAGUUCUGUGAGGAUCCAGGCUGCUGUGUAGCUGUGCACUGUGUGGCAGGCUUGGGCCGAGCUCCAGUGCUGGUGGCUCUGGCACUGAUCGAGAGUGGGAUGAAAUAUGAAGAUGCCAUCCAGUUCAUCAGACAGAAACGCCGGGGCGCCAUCAACAGCAAGCAGCUGACCUACCUAGAGAAAUACAGGCCUAAACAGAGACUGCGCUUUAAGCACCCACACAACCACAAGAACAAGUGCUGCCUCAUGUGAAUCAGUCUCAGCCAGCCUGCCAUUGAAGGAAUAAAGAAAUAAUGUGUGGACUGAACAGGACUAAAGCCACUAAUCCCAAUGCAUUCAGAUUUGUACCCUUUAUUAUUUGGAAGGACACUCAUGCCCUCCUUCAAUCUACAGAGGCCCCUUGCUGCGGGGGCUUUAUGAGCUCAGGGCUGUAAAAGACGAGCCUCUUGAAUUUUGUCUUUACACAUCUAUCCCAAGUGUUCUCUGAGAUGGUGUUGUAAACAAACACACACCCAAACACGGACACACACACACAUAACCUGCAAUGCCAGCAGCAUGCACUCCAAAGAUGAUCAACGCCAUUACACUGUUUACCAUAGCUAGCCGCCAUCUUCAGCUCAUCUUUUGGCAGGGCUGACAAAAGUGAAUGGAAAAUUACUGUUUUUUGUUUAUAUUUGUAUCUUCCUAAGAAUUAUGUACAGUUUUACCUACAGCACGGCUCAUCUCUUGCUUUCUCUCUCACUGUCUUACCAGACCUAUUCUGUAGAAAUGGGGGUUGACUGAAUGCUUUCAUUUUGAGAGCUAGUGGCUGAUUUUUAUUAGAGCUAUAUAUUUUUACAUUGUUAUAUGAACUACUCUGGGAUUUAAACACUGCACCACUAGCUUGGACAAUGUAUGAGGGUGAGCUGGCUAGCUGGUUAAGAGACCCCCUCCACCCCAGAUAGUUUGCACAGUUCAUUGUUGCUAUUUGUAGAUUUUCAAAGUUUUCAAAUUAUUUAGAAAUCAUGUCAGAGUGUCUUCUCCUGCCUUGCUUAUGGCUUGAAUUCAUUGCGUUGUGAAGUGUGAAAGUGGCAUACAUCAUGCGUCUCUCAUCACCUGACCUCACCACAGGUUGCGCUUUCUCGUUAACGGGAAGGAAAUAAAUAAAGCCGGAGAAGUGGAAUGGGAAGAAGCCCCUUGUUCUUUGGGGUGAGUGAUCACCAAGCUGUGAUCCAGGUACUGACACAUGGCUCAGGUCCUGGGACAUCAUCAUCAUCAUCAUCAUCAUCAUAAAAUAAAUACAUUGUUAUUUCUCUGCCUUUUAAAUGAAAAACACAUCUGAUUGUUCACAGUCAAUGAUUUUAAAGUAAUAAAGUAAUUUUUUUAAAAAGGUGA